UCCUGCCCAGAUUUCUAAAUGUAAUGAUUGUAAACAAGCGGCGCAUAGUUUAAUCCAUCCUUGAACUCCUCAAGGUGACGACUGAUGCGGAGGUAUUUACACGAAUUACGCCUCUCUCGUUAUAAAUUCAGCUGAGCGUUUCGACGUUACAGAGGUAGUGGAUUCAUUGAAGUCAAAGCGACUGGUGAAUUAAGGAACAUGGCGACUUUGUACGCGGAGUUUUUCGUGAUUUUUGCCCUGAUUCUUGUUACGGUGGAUUCUCAGUCAGGCGAAAGAAAACAAUGUACUCAGAAAUCAGACAUCGUAUUUGUGGUGGACUCUUCGGGGAGCAUCUCCAGACGAAACUUUAAAAGAGAGAAACUAUUCGUUGAAGAAGUCGCCUCAACCUUCAAGAUGGGCCCCGACCAAUCACAAAUCGCCGUUAUCUCAUACAGCGAGAGCGCUCAAGUCGACAUCAAAUUCGGGGAAUAUACCAACGUUAACGAUUUCACCGCUGCAUUGGGCGAAGUGAGACAUCAACGGAAAAGAACACGCAUCGACUUAGCACUUAAACUUGCCGCCGAAAAAGUCUUCACCGCCGAGGGUGGAGCGCGUCCUAACGUCACCAAGGUGAUGGUCAUUUUGACAGACGGACAACAAACUGAGACGAACGAUAGUACGCCGCUGGACGAGGCUGUACGGCCGCUUUUGGACAUGAACGUGACCAUUUUUGCUGUCGGUGUUGGGAGCGCUAUCGAUAUUACCGAGUUAUUAGAGUUGGUGGGUUACAGGGAUGAGAAUUUGUUCAGGGCGGAAAAUUUUGAUCAAUUGGCAAGAGACAGUGUAAAGGUUGCUACUCAAACAUGUAAACAACUACAGCCAGUUCAUGGUAACUGGUCUGCUUGGGCAGAAUGGAGUGACUGUUCUGCUUCUUGUGGAGGAGGGAUCCAGGGACGUCGACGUUACUGUAUAAAUCCACCGCCCAAAAAUGGCGGCCGAGAUUGCUCUGGCAAAGGAUACGAUGUUCAGAGAUGCAAUACGCAAGGUUGUCCAGUAAACGGAUCUUGGACUGAGUGGAGUGACUGGGGUUCCUGUAGUCUUACCUGUGGUGAUGGCGGAAUCAAGAAACGUAUUAGAACUUGCACCAACCCUCCCCCGGCCAACGGUGGAUUGGAGUGUGAGGGAGCUGGGGAGGAGACAGAAGCAUGCAAAGCUGGAGAGUGUCCAGUGGAUGGAAAAUGGGGCGAAUGGAGUGACUGGGGUGUUUGCUCGAGAUCAUGUGGAACCGGAAUUCAAUCACGCUUUCGAGACUGCGAUAAUCCACCACCAGCACACGGAGGAAAGCAGUGUCCAGGGUCCAGCACGGAGACGCGCAACUGCAGCACAAAUAACUGUCCAGUGGACGGUGGGUGGACUGUCUGGAAUCAAUGGGGCAGGUGUUCGAAAUCUUGUGGCGGUGGGUCACAAACCAGCUCUCGCACGUGCACAAAUCCUCCCCCGGCACAUGGCGGUAAAGAAUGCAGCGGAGAAAGUGAACGGUCACGUGAAUGUAACACGCAGCCCUGUCCAAUCGACGGUAGAUGGAGCGAGUGGAAUCAAUGGGGCACUUGUUCUAAAUCUUGUGGCGGUGGAACACAGAACAGCUCUCGCACGUGCAUAAAUCCUCCUCCAGCACAUGGUGGAAAAAAUUGCAGCGGAGAAAGUGAACGAACUCGUGAAUGCAAUACGCAGCCCUGUCCAAUUGAUGGUAGUUGGAGUGAUUGGAGAGAGUGGGGUCCUUGUACAAAAUCCUGUGGUGGUGGAGAACAGAGGAGAACACGAAGUUGCACCAAUCCAUCACCUGCAUUUGGUGGUAGAAAUUGCAUUGGAGAACGACAACAGACACAAACCUGCAAUCAGAAUGUGUGUCCAGUGGACGGUCAGUGGAGCCGCUGGACGGACUGGACUAUUUGUUCCAGGACAUGUGGAAUUGGACUCAAGAAACGCUCUCGAACUUGUACAGAACCAGCACCUGCUCACGGAGGCAAGGGUUGUGAGGGAUCAGUGGAUGAAACACGGGAAUGUAGCGAGAGAAUUUGUCCAGUUGACGGUGGAUGGAGUGAAUGGAAGGGCUGGACGCUAUGUUCAACUUCAUGUGGUAACGGAACUCAAGAACGUGAACGCUCGUGCACAGAACCGCGCCCAGAAUUUGGUGGGAAAGAUUGUGAUGGUAUCAGUCGGGAAACCAAGACAUGUCAAACAAUACCAUGCCCAGUGCAUGGUCAGUGGAGUGAGUGGAAGGAGUGGACAUCCUGUUCAAAGACUUGUGGCACUGGAACACAAGAAAGGGAACGUUCGUGUACCAAUCCGCCCCCAGCGUUUGGUGGGGAGGAUUGCGUCGGCUUGGGAAGGCAAAUUAAAUCAUGCCAGGAAAAAAUUUGUGCUGUUGAUGGACAGUGGAGUGAAUGGAAACCUUGGACAGAAUGCACAAGAACUUGCGGCGGAGGAGUUCAGACGCGUGCCCGCACGUGCACUCAACCCAGUCCCGCGUAUGGGGGAAAAGAUUGCGAAGGUCGUAUAGACGAGACUAGACCUUGUGGCACUGACGCAUGUCCAGUCGAUGGAAGCUGGACCGAGUGGACAGAAUGGCGGGAAUGUUCCAGGUCCUGCGGCGGUGGAUUCCAUUCUCGAUCAAGAACCUGUACCAAUCCCCGCCCGAAACAUGGUGGGAAAAACUGUUCGGGAAGACCUGAUGAGACUCGGCCUUGUAACACGCAGACUUGCCCAGUGGAUGGCCAGUGGAGUGACUGGACUGACUGGACGGCCUGCUCAAAGUUGUGUGGUACAGGUGAGCGAGAGAGGACCAGAACCUGUACCAAACCGGCCCCAACCAAUGGCGGAAAACAAUGCUCUGGUCGAGAUCGGCAGACACAGGAGUGUAAUGUUCAACCAUGCACAGGUUGUUCUGAAAUCGCUGAUAUUGCCUUUCUGGUGGAUGCGUCGGAAAGCAUGACAGAAAAAGACUUUGAAAAAGAGAAAGACGUCAUCAAGAAAGUUGCAGCUACCUUCGACGUCGGCGAAACUAAGUCCCACCUCGGUCUCAUCUCAUUCAGCAGUAACGCAAACAUCGACGUGAAAUUUGGAGACCUUUUGGACCUGCGCAGUUUCCAAGACGAAGUCGACAAAAUUCCAUUUUCAGCCGGUGGCACACGAUUUGACAAGGCGUUCGGCGUAGCGGCCAACGGGCUGUUCUCUCCUAACGGCGGAGUUCGCUCUAAUCUCCCCAAAGUCCUGAUCAUCCUUACAGAUGGCAAGCAGAGCGCUGAUUUUGAUGCUGUGCCAGUGGAGAAAGCGGUGCUUCCCUUGCGCCAUCUUGGCGUCCGGGUUUUCGUCUUAGCAAUCGGGAGCCAAAUCGACAUGGUAGAGCUUCAACAAAUGGUAACAAAUCCAAAAGAUAUUCUCGUAGUGAAUAAAUUUGACGAGCUGUUAGAUGACGUGAAAAAGAUUGGAAACAAAACUUGUGAAACCAUCAAAAGACCCGAACUUCUCUGCACCGAAAAGGCUGAUGUUGCUUUUCUCAUGGACGGGUCUGAGAGCAUGACAGAGCAAGAUUUUGAGAAGCAGAAGGACUUUGUAACAAGAGUUGCUGAAUCAUUUCACAUGACUCCAACAAUGACUCAAUUUGCCCUCAUCACCUACAGUAGCAGCGCAAACCUGCACAUUCGGUUCAAAGAUCACAUGAAUCAGAGCGCUUUUAGCACGAUAGUAAGACAACUUCCCUUCGCGGCUGGUGGAACACGAUUUGACAAAGCUAUCAAGCUCGCAGCGGAGAACGUUUUCACAGAAGAAAGUGGAGCACGGCCUGGUGUGCCAAAGGUUAUGAUCAUUCUCACAGACGGGCAACAGAGUCAAGAAUACGACGCCCUACCUCUACAACAAGCUGUCCUUCCAUUGCACCGCCUCUCGGUCCAGGUUCACGCUGUCGCGAUCGGCAAUCAAGUCAAAAUGGCGGAGCUACGCAAGUUAGUACAGAAAGAAGAGGAUAUUUUCAGCAUAAAGGACUUUGAUAAUUUGGUUGACAAGUCUCGCCAAUUGGCCAGGAAAACGUGCGAUAUCAUAACGCGUCCUCCUCAAGUUGUGAAAUGUUCUGAUGACACAGACGUUGCCUUCGUAGUCGACACAUCUGGAAGCAUCAGUGACGAGAACUUUGUUAAACAAAAAGACUUCAUCAAAGUUCUUGCCUCUGCAUUCGAUCCCUCCAUAGAAGACCAUCAGCUUGGUCUAAUAUCAUAUAGCAGUGACGCCCAAGUAGAAGUCAGCUUUCGAGACAAAGCCGAUGCAGCACAAUUCGAAAGCGCCGUCGACCGUGUUCCACAUACGAAGGGGCGGACGCGCCUUGAUAAAGCGUUGGCGUUAGCGGCUACUCAAGUGUUUUCCACCAGCGGCGGCACACGCUCGGGAAAACGUAAAAUCAUGGUGAUCCUUACAGAUGGACGACAGAGUCAAGAUCCAGAUACGAUACCCCUUCAGGAAGCUGUCAGUCCUUUACGAAAGCUUGGUGUACGCGUUUAUACAGUGGCAAUUGGAGACGAAGUCGAUCUUAACGAACUUUAUCAAGUUACUGAAGGGAAAGAAGAUGUGUUCCCCGUCAGUGAUUUUGCUAACUUGGCUAACAUGGCAACCGACAUUGCUUUGAAAACGUGCAAAGUAAAACCUUUCCAAGCUGAAUGUAAAGAACGCAUCAACUUGGCUUUCGUUAUGGAUAUGUCAAGUAGCAUCACAGCCAAAAACUACCCAAAACAAAAAGACUUUAUCAAAAGAGUGGCAGACACAUUUUCGAUCUCAGAGACGCAGACGGACGUUGGUGUUAUCACUUACAACCGGGAAGCCAAGUUAUGGAUCAGUUUCGGACAGUACAACAACAACAACGAAUUUAAAGAUGCUGUUGACAAGAUUCCAUACUGGGGAGGUCAAACGCGAAUCGACAACGGUCUUGAAAUGGCAGCUGUUUCGCUUUUUGGUGAGUUGAAAGGCGGACGCGAAAAGCUCCCAAAUGUGCUGAUUCUACUAACGGACGGCCAGCAAUCUUCAGAUCUGAAAGCUACGCCUUUAGAGGAAGCCGUGGUGCCGUUGUUUCAGCUCGGUGUUAAGGUGUUUGCUGUUGGGGUUGGUGACCAGUUCUCGCGCGAUGAGCUAAGGUUGAUUGUUGAAAAGGAUCGCGACAUCUUCACUGUGAAUGAUUUUGAUGACCUGCUCACGAAAUCUCACGAGAUUGCUCGCACAGCCUGCGACGCAGCUGAAAAUUCACAGGGAUCAGCCGGUAAUUACCAGCCAAAGUCUUGUUUCAAAAACAUAGACGUCGGAUUUACUGUCGACUCUUCAGAUAGCGUCAGCGAACAGGGAUACCAAAAACAGAAACAGCUUGUUCAGCGGCUCUCCUCCUUUUACGAUAUCUCAAAACAGGACACCAGGAUCGGAGUUGUAAUAUACGGUGAUAAAGCUUUCACUACCAUCGGGAUGAACAGUUACCGCGACUCCUCCAUUCUCCAGCGUGCUGUAGGAUUUCUACCCCGUCUCGGUGGAGGCAACAGAAAGGAGAAAGCCUUGGUUGCAGCUAGGAAGAUGUUCAAGGCAAAACGACCACCAAGCCAGUCGGGAGCUUCACAGCCAACCAAAGUUCUAGUCUUCAUUACAGAAGGCCCGCAGUCUGCCACAGAAUCUGACACAUUCUCAUUAUACCACGCGGUUCACCCGCUCGAGAGAAACGGAGUCCGUGUUAUUGCGGUGGGGAUUGGGUCCAAAGUGGUAUAUCAGGAGCUCAGAAGCCUUGUGCUAGAUUCCAAUGACAUUUACCUGACAACGUCAUUGGAUGACGUAGACAAAGUAUCACGUGAUCUGAUCAAGCUGAUUUGUAAGUAUUGAGAUGACGAAUAACAUCAAGAGGCGAGUGGAUUCCAGUCACAUCCUAUAUUGGUGGCAGCUAAGAACAUUUCACAAAAUGACAAAAUAAAUCUGGUUUGGAAAAUAUAUUUGUGGAUACAAAACCUCGUACCAUCAUCAACAAAAAUCAAGUGACGUCUAACUGUAUCGUACUCUCCAAUUUGGGAAAGUUUCUGAUUGGUUACGUAACGGAAGCUUUUUGUUGGUUUCCCUAUCUUGUCAUCUAGUCAAAGAGGAAGAUACUACAUAAAUAUGACUGGCGUCAUCCUUCUUCUGACGCGCGUGGCUUGAUUUUGUAUUAGUAGAGAAAUGAAGGAAAUCCAUUUCGAGAUGUUACUGGUCAAUCAGAAACUUAAUCAACUGAAGCGGUACAGUCCUUUUCUCCGCAAGAUUUUAUAAACGAGACAAUAAGCUGAAAUUUGUUGAAACAGGCAGAUUUUCAGAAGAACUGGUAAUAUUACAUGCUACAAUUAAUUGAUAUGAUUUUAAAUAUACAAUAUAUGUAUUUUUUUGUAAGUUGACUACGAUCAGAACGCUUUGGUUGAUUGUGACAAAGCGGAUCAGGAAGAUAGUCAUUGAAUAUUUUUGACUAAAUGUAACGCGCGUAAAUUACAUCUCUUGACGUGCACUGCCAAGAAAUUAUUUUACAAGCAGCUUUCCUUUCAGAAAUAAAUGAAUUAAGACACAAGGAAAUAGUUGAAAUUAUUUAUUGUCAUUUGAUAAAAAUAAGAGUUUGGUAUUUUAAAACUGCUGUUGAAAGGAUUUGUAAAUAAUCCAAUUAAGACAUUGUUAGGGAAUAAAAAGAAUUGACCUUAAUCCAUGGUAUGUUUGUUUAUAAAACGGUUGAAAUUGUAACGCGUGGAGGCGUUUGCGAUCAAACUAAGUAAAGGCUGGAGGCGGAGAACCUGAACGCUGUUCUAUUUAACAAAUAAAGAAGCCUUGAUUGUGCUCUGUUCUGAUGUAAAGUACACCCGAAGCAGCUAGCGCACGAAAGAAGUGUAAAAAGAAACAGGAGACGUAGUUCUUGAGUGCUCCAGCCGCUUCCAAGACUACAUUUCUUUUCCCAAGAUUGAAGUGUAAUGUAAAGACAGAAAAAAAAACAGUCUGUCAAUUCAAGAUUUUAUUAAAAAUUCUUCAAGUAUUUUUCAUAAAUAAGCAUUGAAUAUUCUGGUUGCCUGAAAGUCUGGAACAGACUCCAUGCAACAACCAUAAUUUAUUCACAAUUUAAUAUAAAAUUCAACAAAAUUUUUCAAAUCACUUUUUACAAGUGAUGGA